CUAUAUAUUCCCAGUUUCCAACUUAGUUGAUUGAGGAAAUAAAUGGAAUGAAACAUAAAUAGGCGCAUAAUCCAGUAGAGGAAAGUCAAAUUAAGAGAGAGAGAGAGAGAGAGGAUAAAUAAAUAAAUAAAGGGUGUGGUGUGUAUAAGCUGAGGCUCUAAACACAAAUUGCGGGAAGGGGCCAAAGCGCAUCCCUAAUUUCCCAUACGUCCCCGGCCUUACAGGCUUAUUUCGCAGAGGCUCGUCUCUCUCUCUCUCUAAAUCCCCCUCUCUCUUCCCAUACCCCCCCCCCCCCCCCUUCCCAAAAAUCUUUCUCUCUGUUCAACCCUUCACAAGGAAAAAUCUCUAUCAACCAAAAUCCCCCUUUCUCUCUCUCAAAACCAGAAGAAUCUCAAGACGAUCCAUGGCACAUGUGGGUGAUGGCAUGGGUGACAUGCACAUGCCAGGCCACAACAGCACUGUGAUGAGCAUGGAUGGCCAUCCCAUGAAGAAGUUGAUGAUGCACAUAACAUUGUUCUGGGGAAAAGACGUCUGGAUCCUCUUCCAUGGAUGGCCAGGUGGGAGCCUUGGCAUGUAUAUUCUCUCUGUAGCCCUCAUCUACUUCGUCGCCAUUCUGCUCGCACUCCCGUCGAACCAUAGGCUCGUGCCAUCGAGCGUAGUGGGCUCGCGUGGGGGUCGAACCCUGUUGCACGCCGUGCGAGUUGGGCUCGCCUACCUCCUUAUGCUCGCAGUCAUGUCGUUUAAUGGAGGCAUUUUGGUAGCUGCGAUUGUGGGGAAGGCAGUUGGGUUCGCUAUAUUUAGUGGUGGGCGCGAGCCUGUGGUCGGCUCUGAGGCCGAGAGGGUUCCGGGGAUGAAUUGCUAAUAGAUUUUUUAUAGGGCUUGCUAUGGGCCUAGUGGAACGACCCUAAAAAUUUAGGGCCGGGUCUUCUUUUGUUUGGUUUUGGCCUGGCCUGGCCUGGCCCGUUCCCGGCCCAACCCAAUCUUAUUGGGGCCGGGCCAGGUUGGGGCCAGCUCCGUGGGACAAGAGCCGGUCAGGGAUCAAUUUUUUUUCUUAGUUCUUCAUUUCCUAAGGUGGACUCGCUUGGUCUAAUCUCUCUUUCAUUUUGUUCCGAAUUUACACAGUUUGUUUUGAAUUUACACAUAGAUAUUAGAUAUAGUCCCAUGCGCAAGUUGCCUCCCUUUUUG